AUGGUCCAUCACGAGUCCGCCUCGUCGACACGUGCGACGCCGCUCGACCGUCGACGUCUCUCGACGGUUGAACAUCAUUCUCCGCCCCCGCCACCUUCACCCACUUACUAUCCUCAACAUGAACCGCAACCACCUGUGCUGCCAAAGCGAUCGCAGCGAGUCCUCGCACUGAUUCUCAAACCUAUCGUGCUACCGGCGCUUGCUAUCGCAUUGCCAGCAUGGCCGUUACUCGCUGCAGCGUGUGCGAUUCCCGUCAUCGGUGUGAUGGCGAUUCCGAUCUUGCUGCUCAUCUCGGUACUGCUGCUGUACGCGGUGGCUUGGAUCUGCUAUCUUUUCUUGGCCCAGAAGGACCUUCCUGCAACAUGGACCAACGCGCGCCGAUGGUCGCCAAGAAACUUCUUUCCUUUUGUCCCUAUCAACCCGAUCAGGUGUGCUAAGGUCGAUCUUGCCGCUUUCCGAUACACACUCACAGCCUUUCGGCUUAUCUUUCCGGCCAUCUUUGACUGGAGUUAUCGCCGAAUCAUGGUCAUCGGCACGACAAAGGGAUCGCGCGUGGUGAAAGAGGGCAUUCUGUACGGCAGUCCUUCUCGCGGCAAACGUCUUGACGUAUACCUUCCAGUCGACGCGCCCAUCUCUUUGCACUCCAAUGCAUCUGGUGUCGGUACAGAUACAGCUAGCCUGCCCACCGCCACAUCCAACGGCGUACCCGUCAUUGUCGUCAUACCAUCCAUGCUGGGUCCGCUCACCAUCACGUCUAAACGUCGACUGUACCUUCAACUCGCGCUGCGACUGCGCCGUAUGGGCUACUGCGUCAUUGUGGCGGAUAUCACCUACUACCCAGAAUCGCGCAUCAAGUCGUCGGUCAUCGAUCUACGCCUUGUUCUGCGCUGGACAACCAAGAAUUGUCAGAGAUAUGGUGGCGAUCCUUCCAAAAUCUACGUGUUGGGUCACGGACUCAGUGCGCAUCUGAUCAUGCUGACCAUCUCACAAGAGGCGGUGGUGCUCAGCCGGGAGGGUCAUCUGGAUCGCGCGUACGAGCGUGAGAGGCACAUCUUGCGAUCUAGGCACGAAUCUGGAUCAUCGCAUCAUCACGGUCGACGUCUCGGAGAGCCAGACUCGCAGAACGAGGAAGAAGACGAAGAGUGGUUGAAGAGUGGCGAGGUACGAACGACUAGGAGGAAAAGGGUGGCGUCGAACGCACAUUCGGAUGCGUUGGACGAAGGCAAUGAUGAGCCGGUUCGGCUGAUCGCAUCUUCUUCUUCUCGAGCUGACCGUCGCAGUAGCGGCGAAGCCAAUCCCGCUGGAGCGGGUGGCUCGGAAGGAUGGGUCGAUGAGACGGAAGAUUCCAGCUCGACAGCGAUCCCUGGUCAUGUCAUGGGUUCUGUCCGCCGCUUUACUACCACCAACACAUUCAACGUCACGGGCAUUGCCACUUCCACAUCACGCAAGGUCGAGGAAGCUGAGUCCAUUCUGUCAUCCGCUGCCUAUCGCAAGGCCGAAGAUGAGGUCGGAAACGGUCUUCGACGCGUCGAGAUCUACGAACCGGAAGUGGAACUUCCUGCGAUCGCUGGAGUGAUCCUUCUGUCGGGCAUCUCGGACGUUAUCAAAGGAUUCCGAUCGGAAUCCGAACGUGGACUCGAACACCUCAGCUAUCUACGCAGAUCCACCGGUCCUUCGCACUUCAACUGCCUCAUCCACUCGCCAGCCCAUCUCCUUUACGCUGCCAAGAACAUCGUCGAUACAAGGCUGCUGCCGCCGAAAUUCUUGCUGGUGCACGGAGGCAAGGAUCAGGUGGUUCCCGUGGAACAGAGCACUCUGCUCAAGACUUUGUUGGUGGGCAUCGGGGUGGAGCAGGUUAGAUUGAGAGCAUAUCGAAACCUGGGCCAUGCAGAGUCCAUAGCCUGCCUGUUCCUGGGUAUGGCUCGCUCCAAUACGAGAUACACCCGACAGAUCUCGGAGGACAUUUCCAACUUUAUUGCUCAAUGA